CGCGUUUGUGCGUAAAACGGCCACCGGGAGAAGCGCCGUGACGGCGAUGCCGCUGAGCAACGCUGCUCUCACAGCGCCGGUCACUUCUCAUGCAGACUGCGUCUGAGGAGAGCGCACCGUCCCGAGCUCCCUGCGUCCUUCACACACACACACACACACACACACACGCGCGCACACACACACGCGCAGACACAGAGACUUCGUUCGCUGAGGACUGCCCGCCACGAAACCGAGGCGAAAGUGUCGAUUACAUUACUAUCUCGGGCUCCUUUCGUUUGGUGCACCAGCCACCGGGACUCUGGUGCGGAUCGAGUAUAUCGGAUCGGAAACUCCUCGCCGUGAGGCGGCAUCGGGAAACUGGAGAGACGCGCGUGCUGUGAAUACAGAUGAGAGCAACUAUUGACACCUUCAUCACCAUCAUCUGCCGUGCGCCCGGACAAGAGCCAAGAGGACGUCUCUGCGGCCAAGGAUUCGGCUUUACUUUACUGGGUUGUGAGUCGUCCACUCUGGACACAUUCCUGUUUACUAGCUCGGUGUCUUCACCUUAUCUUUAUUCUUUAGCGCGGAGGGGAAAACUGUCUGCCGGCGAUCGGUUCUCCCCGCAGCUCACAGAAACCUAUUAUCUGCCCUAAAAAAUAAAAUAAAAAGCUCGACUCAGGCAACACCCGCCUGUGACUCUGACGUGUUGUAAGUUGCUUUAUCUGGACUGGAACAUAUAAUAUGGCUUCGCUGUAUCAGAGAUUCAACGGGAAGAUAAGCACGACCAAUUCCUUCCCGCACCCACCUGAGGCCAGCCGCCUUCUGGGUGGGCAGGUUGCAGACGAGGAAAACGCGGCGAAGACCCCUCAGCAGCUCGCCGACGGCAGACCCCACGUCCAGUACCGCAAGAAAAGCGCGAGGGAGGACGAGGAUGACCUGGUCGGCAGCGCGCCGCCGCAGAGGAACUGGAAAGGAAUCGCCAUCGCUCUGCUGGUCAUCCUCAUCAUCUGUUCCCUGAUUGUCACCUCCGUCAUCCUGCUGACCCCUCGUGAAGAUGACAGCCUCGCCCUAAAGAAGAAAGUCACUAUUGAGGAUGUUUUCGGCGCGGAUCUUCACAUCCACGACCCGGACGCCAGGUGGCUCAGUGACAACGAGCUGCUGUAUCGUACAAGGGAAGGAGAUGUAGUCAAGCUUAAUGUCGACACGAAGGAGAGAACUGUCAUUGUUCUGAAACAGCUGUUUGACAGAUCCAGAGCCGCCAGGUACAAACUUUCUCCCGACAUGCAACACGUGUUGUUUGCCUUUGAAGUGAAACCGAUCUACCAACACUCCUACGAGGCCAAGUACAUUAUAUACAGCCUCGUGACACAGGAGACGUGGCCUCUGAAGCCCCCUGAAGUGCAUGAAGCUGUCCUGCAGUAUGCCGGAUGGGGACCUCGAGGCGAGCAGCUGAUCUUCAUAUUUGAAAACAACAUAUUCUACAGAUCAACCGUAGACAACCGAGCGAUCCGGCUGGUUUCCACCGGCAAAGAGGGAGUCGUCUUCAACGGCCUUGCUGACUGGCUGUACGAGGAGGAGAUCCUGCAGACACACGUGGCCCACUGGUGGUCACCGGACGGGCUGCGCCUGGCGUACAUGACCAUCAACGACACGCUCGUGCCGAGUAUGGAAGUCCCCUACUUCACGGGAAUGCCGUACCCCGCCACCUUGGAGUACCGCUACCCAAAGGCCGGGGAAGAAAACCCCGCAGUGCACUUGUCGGUGGUGAGCCUCAACGGCCCCCUGCACACCGUGGUGAUGAAGAAACCCGACGACCCCCGAAUAGGGAGGGAGUAUUACGUCACCAUGGUGAAAUGGGCCACCAGCACCAAACUGGCUGUCAACUGGCUGAACAGAGGCCAGAACAACUCCAUCUUGACACUGUGUGAGGCCACGACCGGAGUCUGCAUCAAGAAACACGAGGAUGAGAGUGAAAGCUGGUUGCACAGACAGAACGAAGCGCCGCUCUUUUCCCACGACGGACACAAGUUCUUCUUCACCAGAGCCAUCCCUCAGGGGGGGAGAGGAAAGUUCUUCCACAUCUCCAUGUCCACCUCCAUGCCCAACUCCAGCACGGACAUACUUCAGUCCCUGACCUCUGGAGACUGGGACGUCACCAGGAUUUUGGCCCACGACAGCGAAAGGAACCUCAUAUACUUCCUGAGCACGGAGGACGACCCCAAGCGACGGCACUUGUACAGUGCCGACACCAUCCCGCCCUUCAACCGCUGCUGCCUGUCCUGCGAGUUCAAGUGCGGCUACGUGGACGUUUCCUUCAGCCACGGGAUGCGGCACUUCCUGCUCAACUGCAAAGGCCCAGAUAUCCCGAGUGUGGCUGUCUAUCGCACCGAGGACAAGCAGAAGGUGUUUGACGUGGAGACAAACGAAAGAGUAAACGACACGUACCACAAUCUGCAGAUGCCCAGAGUGGAGUACGAGACCUUCACCGUGGGCGACUACACUCUCACAAUGCAGGUUCUGAAGCCGGCUGGAUUCGUAGAUACAGCCCAUUACCCGUUACUGCUGCUCGUGGACGGCACGCCUGGCGGGCAGAUGGUGUCGGAACAAUUCCGGGUGGACUGGGCCACGGUUCUGGUAAGCACCUUCAGCACCAUCGUCAUCCGCUUCGACGGCCAUGGCAGUGGCUUCCAGGGCACCAAGCUCCUGCACGAAGUGAGGAGGAACCUGGGGAAACUAGAGGAGAGGGACCAGCUGGAGGCCCUCAGGUUCAUAUCUAAAGAGCCUUAUAUUGACACGAGCCGGAUGGGAGUUUAUGGAAAGGCCUAUGGAGGAUAUUUAGCGACAAUGCUUCUGAGCUCUGAGGAGAAGGAGGUCAACCAACUUAAAUGUGGGACAGCGGUCUCCCCCAUCACAGAUUUUGAGCUAUACGCAUCAGCGUUUUCAGAGCGAUACCUCGGCUCCAAGACGGACUCGCGUGUAUACAUGAUGGCAAAUUUAGCAAACCGAGCCGGUCAGCUUCUGCAGAAGCAGUACUUGAUAAUUCACCCGACGGCUGACGAAAAGGUCCACUUCCAGCACACGGCCAAAUUCAUCAAUCAUUUGAUCAGCGAGAAGGCCAAUUACACGCUGCAGAUAUACCCAGACGAGGGACACUUCCUGCACAGCGACGGGACCCAGCAGCACCUGAGCCAAUCCCUGGUCAACUUCUUCGAGAUGUGCUUCCGGGUGCCGGAGACACUGACGGGCGACCAGCAGGACGAGGACGAGGACAACAGUUAGACCCGCCCCUCCGCGCACGCCCCGGCUACCUGGUGCAGCACAAUAUGCAACAGAUCUUUCCUACCUGAUGAGCCCACACCACGUGCUACCCAAUCCAAUCACAGCUGACCCGCAUGUGCCCAAGGGACCCCGGGCAGCCGCCCCCCCCCCCCCCCCUGUCUCCUCAACUCGGAGACCUCAGAAGGACUGAGAAAACAUCUCAGAUAGAUGUGAACGGUCGAGUGUGUCUAGAACUCCCUCUAGUGGACAAAUAGGCCUCAUGAUUGAUUGACGGCCCUCCAAAUCAGGCUCAGCGACUUUGGCUGCACAAAAUAGCACUCGGGGGGGAAGUUGGUGCAUUCUUUAGAGAUUCUGCUUCUGACAGUUCCACCCGUUCCUGAUUAAAUUUACCGAUUAUUCUGUUUAUGAGUACGAUUCCUGCUACUUUCUCCGAACCUCUCUGUUCCGUGUUGUGAAUGUCCGGCUGCAUCAGUCCGUCGCUGCUUUACAGAACAAGGGCACAAUGUUUAACUACAAAAAGACGCUAUCCAGAAAUGGUAUCAUCCCUCGUCAAAUUUCUGAAUUAAAUUCUUGUUCUUUCGUCACUGUGCCUUACUGUGGGGGGGGUUUUGAUGUUGGGGUCUGAUGAGUCAUUGAAAAUGACUAAAUAUAGAUAAGCUUGGUCUAAACUCUAGACUCAAAAUGAGUUGACAUCCCAAGUUAUGGCACAUUUUAUCGCAAAAUAUGGAAGGAAUCAAAUACAAAAUAACUGUCAACUACAAAUGUUUAUGUCUGACAAAUUUAGAUUUUGAUAUCUGACUAUAUGAUAGUUUGAUGUUGAGCUGUUGAUAUCGAACUUCCAAAGCGGCAUCCUGAUGAGUCAGCGUGGCAGAAUUUACAUUUUGUCAAUUGCUUUGAUUUGUGUGCAAAAUGGAUCGAUUGUUUGCCCACGUUCCCCGUUAGUAUUGUCAGUGGUUUGUAGUCAGCGGAUGUACAAAGUGUAUAAAUCUUACAUUGUUUAAGUCUUUAUGUUGUGUGUGCAACUUGUAUAUAAAGCAUUUUGAAAUGUA